AUGACAAUUUCUUCAUCAACGGAAGAAAUUUCUGAGUGCAAGCAUUGCUUGGUCAGUAUUCACAAACCGGAGGAUGUGCUCAAUAAGCUAGGAACUUCUAAUAAGGGUCUACUCAUGGCAAUAGUAUCCUGCAGUUUCUCUUGGGGGUUUGGUGCGCUCUCCAUUAUGUCGAGUGCUUUCACAUCCAUCGAUUGCGGCAACUGCACUGAUGUUAUGAUCACAGUUGUUAGUGAGUUCGAUCUUCGAAACGAAAGAGCUUACUUAAUUGAUUGGAGCACUUCAUUCUUCAUGAUUGGCAACAUGGUAGGCGGAAGUACACUCUCGCAUGCAGCAGAUAGAUACUCAAACUCAGCUCGUCGAGAGGAAUCUAUUGGUUAUCAUGCUACAGUAACACGUGAAAUGUACGGUCGUCAUACGGUAAGAGGUCAACAUCUUGAUUCCAUCCAUGACUUCGCCUAA